AUGAAGCUUCUACUCAUCACCAUACUCCUGGUCGCUUUCACCAUGGUGGGUGUAGCCGGAGGACGAAAAAAGACAUACAACAUCAAAAAAAUCUACAUGACACGUAGUAGAUUGAGAGAAAUGGGGGAUAAAAUUAAGAAAACUCUGGAGUUGUCGGCUGAAAUGACGGCAGAUCUGGUGAAGAGAACGAAGAACAUAAGACGUAUAAGACGAAGUAAAGUUGAAGGCGAAGAAGGUCCCAUUGAUGAAAUCAACAAGAAAACCGGUAUAAGAAAAUAUCUUUUCCAAGGAGAUAUCGUUCUCAACCGGGUACAAGAAGAAGAAAUAGUCAAUGAUAUCGAAGAAGCUAGUGCUAAGCGUACGAAACGACAAGCAUACAAGGAUAAGAACUAUCCGAGUACCUUAUGGUCUGAUGGAGUAGCGUAUUAUUUCGGAGCAGAUACUCCACCAAAAACAAAGAGAAUAUUCAAGAAGGCGGCUAAAGCUUGGGAAGAAAACACGUGUAUUGAUUUCCGAGAAGACGAGGAAGCUGAAGAUAGGCUUUACGUAUAUCCUGAAGAUGGAUGCUGGUCGUUUGUUGGUAGAGACGGAGGGGAACAAGCGUUGUCACUUGGAAAAGGAUGCGACACUGUUGGUAUUGCUGCUCACGAAAUAGGACAUGCGUUGGGAUUCUUCCACACUAUGUCUAGACACGAUCGUGAUGAAUACAUCACUAUUAACGUAAACAACGUUGAGCCUGAUUGGCUUGAUCAAUUCACAAAAGAGACAAAAAGAACAAAUGAAAAUUACGGGAUGAAGUACGACUAUGGAAGUAUAAUGCACUACGGAGGAAAUAGCGCUUCUAAGAACGAUGAGCCAACAAUGGUGCCUUUCGAUGUGGACUAUCAGGAGACGCUUGGUUCAGAGAUGAUAUCAUUCACCGAUCUCUCCAUGAUCAAUAGACAUUACGGAUGCAAAGCGAAAUGUGAAAGAAGAAAAUCUGCUAAAUGUGAGCAUGGUGGAUUUCCACAUCCACGCAACUGUUCUACUUGUAUUUGUCCUAGUGGCUACGGUGGAGCACUGUGUAAUGAAAGGCCGGACGGCUGCGGUAGUGUUCUGGAGGCAAAACCGAAAUGGACGAAACUUGUUGACGUUCUUGGAUCGGGAAAACUAACAAAGGAAGAUUACAAGAAGUGCAACUACUGGAUUGAGUCUCCUGAGAAUACAAAAAUUGAAGUGAAAUUAGUGAGAUUCCCAGAUGGUCUUGCUAUUGAUGGUUGCCAUUGGGCAGGUGUAGAGAUUAAAACUAAUAAGGAUCAAACACUUACUGGUUACAGAUUCUGCGCAAAAGAAGAUGCGGGUGUGACUCUCAAAUCACAUACUAAUCUGGUACCGAUUAUCACUUAUAAUAGAGCAUGGGAAACGAAGAUUGUGCUACAGUAUCGUUACGUUUCUAAAUGA